AUGCCCGGUGAUACAUUUAGCGCAGAUCCUGUUACAUCGGGUUUCGUGCUCUCCUGCAGGGCCUUGUGGAGUGUCAUGCCAAUGGUGGCAUGGCACAUGGCGAUUGGGGCCUGUGGCGCCUUCAGCGGGGCGCUGCAGAUGGCAGAAAGUGGUGCACCAACUGGAGCUGCAAGACACGCGCCCAAAGUGAAGCAAAAAAAGGCGCGGCCGGAAAAGACUCACGACGAAGCCGGCGAUGAAAACUGGGAAAAAAAGACCCCGCCGGAGAACAAGCAGUCAAGACGGACACUACGACCACCGAAGCGUCAGCGAAAGCAACGAAGGCGCCCCCAGGAUUACUGCUGCCCAUGUGGCUUAUCACGUAUGAUUUUUUUGUGGUUGUUUAUCGGAGCACCAAAUGGCCGAGUUGUGCAGCAUUGCUCCAGACGUUCAAGCAGCGUCAUGAAAAAUUAUGAACGUCUGAGAAAGGUGGGCCAGAAUCUUUUGGCAAAGCAUUAG